AGCUCAGCAAGGAGGUGCUGGCCCCAGAGCACCCAGCGGGGACUCCUCCCCACGGCCCGGCCCAGGACCCACCUGGAGGACCCCCGGAGGAACAGGGUGGCAUCCCCUUCCCCAGUGCCAGCCUGCUGCAGGUCCCCUGGGCACGGCCCCCUCCCGCAGAGCCCCUGAGUAGCAUCUUCUCGCUGGAGGUGCACUUCGACCUGCUGGACCUGACGGAGCUGACCGACAUGUCGGACCAGGAGCUGGCCGAGGUCUUCGCCGACUCCGACGAGGAGAACGCGGCCGGGGAACCGCCCAGCG